AUGGAGGACGCCACGUACAACGCCAUCCUCCUGGCCCUCCUGGCCGUGUCCAUGAUCUACUUCUUCAGGCCGUCCUCGGCGCGCCGGCCGCCGGGCCCGCGCACGUUGCCGAUCAUCGGGAGCGUGCACCACUUCGUGAACACGCUGGUGCACCGGAGGCUCCGGGACCUGGCCGGCGUGCACGGGCCCAUCAUGAUGCUCAAGAUCGGGCCGAUGCCGCUGGUGGUGGUGACGUCGCGGGAGCUGGCGCGCGAGGUGCUCAAGGUGCAGGACCCCAACUUCGCCAACCGGCCCCGGCUGCUCGUGGGCCGCAUCUGCGGCUACGGCUGGACCGACAUCAUCUUCGCCCCCACCAGCGACUACUGGCGCAAGAUCCGCAAGCUCUGCAUCCACGAGAUCCUCAGCCCCAAGCGCGUGCUCCAGUUCCAGUUCAUACGCGAGGAGGAGGUGCAGAGGCAGGUGGACCUCAUCCGCGCCGCCGCCGCGGCCGGCGAGCCGGUCGACGUCACCAGGAUGGUGUACGACAUCAGCAGCCGGACCAUCUCUAGGUCCGCGUUCGGGGAGGUGCGGCCGGACAUGCCGGUGUUCCAGCAUGCCAUCAAGCGCGUUGUCGGGCUGUCCAGCGGGUUCAACGUGCCUGACCUCUUCCCGCGGCUCAAGGAGGUGCUCGGCGAGGCCACCGGGAUGAAGAGGAAGCUGCGGGAGAUCCACCGAACGUUCGACGACAUACUCGUGGACAUCAUCGAGGGGAGGCGGAGGGUGCGCGCUGACAGGAUUGCUGCCGGUAAGGAUGUCGUCGAUGAGAAUGUCGUCGACGUCAUGCUCUCCUUGCAGAAGGGCGACAACCCCUGGGGGUUCCCAGUCACGGACAACACCAUCAAAGCAGUCGUACUGGACAUGUUUGCCGGCGGCACGGGGACCUCCGGCUCAUCGACGGAGUGGGCGAUGUCCGAGAUCAUGCGCACCCCGCGCGUGAUGAAGAAGCUGCAGGACGAGGUCCGGCGAGCCUUCCACGGCAAGGACAGCAUCAGCGAAACGGACCUCCGCAGCAACAGCGUCAGGUACCUCAAGCUCACCAUGAAGGAGGCGAUCCGGCUACACCCGGCGGCGCCGCUACUGGUGCCUAGGGAGAGCAUCGAGACGACGGAGAUUGGCGGGUACGUGGUGCCGGCCAAGUCAAGGAUGGUGGUGAACGCGUGGGCCAUCUCCAGGGACCCGCGCUACUGGAAGGACCCCGAGGAGUUCGUGCCGGAGCGGUUCGAGCAGGACGGCGCCGUCGAUUUCCAUGGCCUCCACUUCGAGUUCACGCCGUUCGGGGCCGGGAGGAGGAUGUGCCCAGGGUACAACUACGGGCUCGCCGGCAUGGAGCUCACGCUGCUGCAGCUCAUGUACCACUUCGACUGGAGGCUGCCCGCCGGCGUGGACGAGGUGGACAUGGCGGAGUCCAUGGGGCUCGGCGUGCGCAGGAAGAACCCUCUUAUGCUCUGCGCCACUCCCUACGUUGUCCCUCCUCCUGCUGCUCCCUUAGCUUCGACAUGA